AUGAUCCUCCUCAUACUGCUCUCUUGCCUCACCAUACAUGCUAUACCAGUAGACAACAAAAAUGAUACCACCAUCGAACCACCGACCAACUCGACGAAGGAAAUCCUUAAGGCCAGCGAGACGGGUGACCCGACUAAAGUGGAAAUCGUGAAGCAAAUACGUCGCUUGAAUGAUGACGGGUCGUAUACCAUCGGAUAUGAAGCGAACGAUGGGACUUUUAAAAUUGAGAGUCGCGAUGUGCUCGGUAACGUGAAGGGAACGUUUGGGUACGUAGCUGAAGACGGGGAAAUCAAACGUGUGACGUACACUUCUAAUGGUGAAAGCACUCCCAUCCCUGUUACGACCACCACUACGCCUAGUACACCAGCGAUGAUAGUGAGGAUGAAUAAAACCGUUUCAUCUACAACAAGAAGACCUUUGGCAACAGUUGUGUACCCCACUAGGAGCAGCGCUACUACAAGAGGUACUGUUAUACAGCCGAUACCUAGACGGCGACCGGUGUCUUCUACCAGAGCUCCAAAUAUGAAUGACCCCACAACAGAUAAAAAUAAGCUCGAAGAAGCAACUACAAAUAUGUUACAUCUGUAUAAAAAUAAAGGCGAUAUUGUGAGGACUCGAACGCAAAUAUCAAACCCGAUUUCUGUGUCAACAAGCGACGAUCUUCUACCAAAAUCCACAACGACACCCGCGCCUCAAACCUUUAAGCCUGUUUAUGAAGAGGUAACUGAAAAAGAACCAGAAAUCAAAUCGAAUGCGAUACGCCGUCAGCUCUCGGGGACAAGCCAUAAUCAUCACAUGUUAAGUUUACAGCAGUCUAUGGGUGAUGAUUCCACUGAUGUGUACGGAGGCCACUUAUCUCAUGGAACAGUGCGACCUUUGUUUACGACAACUCCACGGUCGAGAUUAAUACCAGCACAUUCUGUUAUAUCUACACGCCAGCUGAUACCGAGCCAGUACCAAGAGGUGCAGCUGGAUGAUCAAGAGACGAAUAUAGAAGCGAGCACGGGAAGAGUUUUCGAACAGCAAGGUGUGGUCACCGCCAACCCUGUACCCGUAGUUCAUAUUGGACCUCGAGAACAUCACGAAAGAAUCUACAAUCAACCAGUAUAUAGAAGGCCAGCGACAGUACAUUUCCGAACUGAUCAGUAUUUGAGAGAUAAUCCAGGAUCACCGAUCCCCAUAGGUAACACGCGGCCCUUUCUCCAGUACGAAUAUGAGGACAAAUUACAACAACAGGUACUGGACCCUCGCGUUAUAAAGGAUACACCACACCCAAAAGCAAGUGUACACGACUCCACUGCUGUGCCGUAUGACGUCAGACGCGUUCGCUUAAUACCAGUAGACGAAAGAGGAGUUCCGAUACCUGGAUACCAAGCGCGCUUCGUUAACUACCGGCCUCAGCCAGUCGUCCAAAGAUACGAUCCUUAUGACGAUAUGAAUUCCAUUACAGCUCCAGUCAGUACCAGAGAUUUUAGACGUCUUCUACACAUUCUGAUGAUGCGUCAGAACCGCUUACAGGUAAUAAUGGAUCAACUGAUGGUGAACCCUUACAGCGCUCCUUAUCCAGAGUAUGAAAGAAGAUACAAAGACGAUAGAUAUGAUUACGAUCAAUAUAGACAGGAUUAUAAUUACGAUAAUCAAUAUGAGAGUCAGAGGUAUGUGCCGAGGAGUAGGUACAGGCCCUAUGAUUCAGUGGGAUCCUCUUCCAAUAACAUAGAAGAACCGGAAUACUUGCCUGUUGAGGUGAGAGAAGCGUUGCUGCUGAAGAUGUUGAUACUAGCCAUCAGUCCAGACUACAUGCCCACCCCGGCGCCGUCCACCGAAUUGACCACGGCAGCACCAACGAGAAAACAGGUAAGGAAUGUACAGAUACUGGGAGAAGAAGGCUCGAGCAACUCAAAAACCAAUUAA